CACCAAGGAAUGCAGCGCCACAGUGAAGCCUGGCAAGACAGUCUCCGGUACCGCAGACCAGACUUGAGUCGCAUGUCCGGCCUCCGUAGAAUCACAGCUAACAACAACCCCAUGUUAGGGGACGAGGGAGCCCAGGUCCUGGCUGAAGCUCUCAGGGACGAUCUUUGGCUGAAAGCCCUAGACUUGCAGGCCUGUGGGAUUGGCAACCAAGGUGCCCGAAGCUUCUUGGAGAUUUUAAGUUUUAACACUUCACUAGUGGUGCUUGACAUUCGGAGAAAUCCUUUAGUUGACGUGGCCAUCUUGCGCUCUGUGAUGGAACGCCUGGCAUUGAAUUCCUCUGGAAAUGACCAAGAGUACAAGUGGAUGACAGCAGAUCCACCAGAGCAGCAGUCAAUGAAGCAGACGUUGAGGACCAGACGUAGGGCUACCAAAGUCCUUAAUUCCAGUUUUGGGAAGAAAACUACCAUUAAAGUGGCUUCGGGAAGCUGCCGUCGCAAGGUCAGUGGGCCUGGGGUCAUGGCCAGGAAGGACAUCUCUCCUGUUCCUGGGUUACCUUGGAGAACAGCUGCUAGAGCCGACCGAUGCAGAGACCACUCUCCAGACACCGUGGAAUUUCUCACCAGCCAGUCCGCAGAUGUUACAGCCUCCACCGCUAAUGAAAAUGCCAACAACAGCAUGAAUUUUGUUGAUAGCAGUUCAACUCCUCAUAGAUGGGUGUACUCCGGUGGCAGUUCCCAGCUGAGAAAUAUAGAAUCUGUGAUCAAGCUGUCGAUGGAUCGGCUCCAGGAGAGCCACAGAGCUCUUGAUUUUACAAACAAGAAGAUUAUUUUGAUUGAGCUGGAGCAGAUGCGGCGCCAACUGCAGAUAGAGAGUUUGGCUCGAGCCAGGGCAGAUGAGCAAGUGAUCACUCUGACGAUAGAAAACCAGAGACUUAAAGAAGAGAUGAACUCUCUGCGGAAGGCACAGAGGUCAAGCAGCAGCUACCUGGAUGACGAGAGCUUCCUGGACAGUGUGGAGACCACCUUCAAACAGUUUAACUCUUUCAUUGAUGCUCUCAGGGAGGCUGGUCUGGGCGAGCUUGCAUCUAUAGCAGGUUUGGAUGUAACUCAGAUGCCGAUCAUUAACCGCAAUAACCACAACAGCAAUAAUGGCCUUCCUCAGAACAGUUGUAGUGUCAGUAAUGGAGGACAAGGGAUGUCCAUCGCGCAAGCAGAUAGUCUCUACACAGCUGCAAGUUUUCAGAGUAUGCCUGUUGGCCCUUCAGAUUUUGCCAAUGGCAGCCACAAGCCAACUGGGCAGGUAGUGACUGUGCCAGGUGAAUCGUCAGCAUUGACUUCCAGACAGGCCACAGGUUCUAGACACGAAUUAACCAGAAGUCAGUAUUUGAAGGGCUCAGUUUAUGAUGAAGAGAGUGAUCUGGCCAGACAGGAAGCAGAUGAGCUGUAUUCCCGCUUGGUCAAAGACACACUUGAAGGCUUAGGUCAGUCAGAGGAUGCUUCUCAAGGAGGAGUGGCUCAGUACAGGCAAGGACAGAGGGAUGAAGCUGCAGAACAUUUAGCCAAGGACAGUGGGAAGCUAGAGAAGGAAUCUUUGGAUUUCAUGAGGUCAACAACCAGGGAGAGUUUUGUGGACUCCAGCAGAAUGCACCCAAGGGGAGAAUCCCAGCUGGACAGUACAGCCGAAGAGAGUCAUCAUUAUGAUGAUGAUGAUGAUGACGAUGGCGUAUACUCAGCUGAGAGAAGGGGAUCUGGACUCAUGGACGCCAAGGAUUUGGGAUCAUCACUCAGAGAAAAUGAUAGUCAGGAUGAUUUUUAA